AUGCAUAUAUUCGAUUUGAAUAUAGUUGCCUUCAAUUUGAAGAGCUCUCCGUAUAUGCCAGACGAUGGAACUCCACCUUUACCACCUGGUAGACCAUUGCAAGGUGGUAUUAUGACUAGCGAUGCUAGCAUGGUUUCGGCAGGAAUUGUAAAUCAACAACCAUCUCAAUCAUUUGCUGAUUCUAAUUUUUUGCAAGAUUUAAGUUCAUCGUUUAGAAGUUUAUACAAAACUGUAUUUUCGUUGGAUAAUAGUAUUACCGAAAAUGGGACUAUUAGUGGAAAUGAUCAGGUAUUAACUGCAGUUAACAACCUUGGCAGCAGUCUAGAUAAUCAGAGUACAGUCAGCAUGAAUAGCUAUGAUUCUCGUAACUCGUCGUUAGCUAGUCCACAACAUCAUCAUCAACAGCAUCACCACCAUCAACAACAACAACAGCAACAGCAACGCAAUCCGAUGUCGCUACACCAACAAUCUUCGAGUAUUGAAUCACCUUUUAUCGAACCAAAUGGCAGCAUCAAUUUAAAGUCUUCCGCUCACUUAUUUUCAUCAUUUAGCGAUGUUAUACAAUCUUUCACUGAUUCAAGCUAUUGGCGGAAUGCCGAUGCUGAUGCUUUUCGUGGUUUGAUGGAUAGUAUGAAAACUGCAGAAAGUAAAAAUUGGAUCUUAAAUCAAAGCCAGUUUCUUAAUCUACAAAAUUCAAUGAAUUACUUCAAUUCUUCCCUCUUUCGAUCACAAAACGAUAGCAAUGGUAAUUGUAUAAUGGAUAACGGCAACACUGGUGCUGUUCAUACCAGUUAUAAUUUGAGCAAUAGUGCACCAACCAUUACCAGAUCGGACUUAGGAGGUCAAUCUAAUAUGAAUGGCAACUUUCAGCAGCCGAAUCGACCUCAUCAACAACAGCAAGCCCAAAUGAGGCAGUUAUCACGUAGCGCAAACGCUUCUUUUUACGGCAAUGUUAAUAAUAUGAAUCAAGUAAAUUAUAACAACAAUCGUAUGGCUCAACUACAAGAUUCGCAGAGAUCUCAUUGUUCCCUGGUUCGUAGAAGUCCAAGGAUAGCACGUAAUCUACAGUUAUCAAAUGGAUCAACUUCCAGUCGUUCAUCUUAUCCUGAAUCGUACAAUAGUAGUGGUUAUAAAUAUCCCCGGCCUUUACAACGACCAAGUAGUGCUCAAUCGAUGCAUAGUUCUAAUGGAUCUAAUGUAUCAAUACAGCAGCGCCCAUCAGCAAUGGGACAGGUGCCAAUGCCAACAGUACCAAUGAUGCAGACUAAUGUGCAGAAUGCGGCAGAGGAAGAUGAAGAUGACUUUGAUUGGGCGAGUAUUAUGUAA